UAUAAAAACUUGCGACACCCUCGCACAGGAAAUCACUUCUAUCAUCGAACUCCAGCGCGCUUGACUGAUACACCUUCACCAGUAUACAGCACGGACAUCAUGUACAAGGCAUUCUUUCUGGCGUUGCUGGUAGGCACGGUCCUGGCAGGAGACAAUGGUCGACUUCUCCGUCCUCUCAAAGGUUCCUCUAAAAAGGCCGGGGCAUUGCGUGAAAUUACAUGGCAGAGCUUCCAUUCGUCGGUCGUAGUCGCUUUUCAGUCAAGCGGUGCUUCCUACUUGCGUGAUGAAAUGAGAGCAGCCUACAACGACCUGAAGGCGAAGGCAGAUGCUGCCAAGGCCGCAGUCCCAGGGUGCGAGCAGAUCGUCACAUCCAAACUUCAGACGAGUUGUGUCUCCUGUGUGGUACACCAGCUGCAGUCCGCUUUCAAUGAUCCUGCCACUUCAAGUGUCCUCAAUGUAGAAGGCAUCGGCUCGGAAGUGGAGGCUUUUGCUGACGGAACCUUGGCUUCAGUUUCUAACGAUAUGAACCUAGCGGCAGGGACUGUCUGGUCAGGCGUGCAGAGUGCAGCAAACGUCAUAGUUGACGCUGGCGAGGAAUUCCUGAACGCCGAUGGUGACGUCGUGGACGCCGCAGGGAACCUGGUCAGCAACGUCGACGACACUGUCGGAGGGGCGAUCGACAGUAUCGGGGACGCCAUCGGCGGGAUCUUUGGAGGAGGAUUGGGAAGAAGGAAGAGAGCGGUCCGUGCGGAGAGUCAGCGUGAACAGGCGUGCUUUCUGUUUGCCGACCCCUCGGCUUGUCACACCUCCUGCGACAAGUCAUACUUGAAGAGCACCUACUGUCCGACCUUAAUCGCUGCUGAAGCAGCUCUGAACACAUCACAACAGCAAAAUGGCUGGAUAACCAAUCUUCCUCAACAGCACGACUUAAUCAUCAGAGAGAUCACGGUAAACAGCAACGGCGUGAUCUGGGGACCUGGGGCCAGUGCUGGCUAUUUUUACAUGGCGGUGGUGGAAGCGACAAUCUUUGGUUAUGACAUGAUGUUCGCGGUGAGGUCACCCAUCAGCCCCCAGGACCACGUUCAAGGAGGUCGGGUGCUUGCCGAGCAGGCGCUGGACAUCUUCAAGUUGUAUCACCCCUUCACCGGCAACUGAAGGUCAUAACUCUGCGGCAGUGGAACAAGAACCUAACAGAAGGAAAGAAUACCUAACAUGCCUCAAAUAAAAUGAAAUGAAAACCCCUU